UAUAAUAUGACUGUACGACCAAAGAAUUAGAAGCUAUCUUAUCUCCAACCAAUUGAAAUAUGAGCGACUUCUGAUUUGGCAAUUUAGGUACAUUGUCGAGCCCUAGGUAAGGUGGUACAGAAAAAAAGAAAAAGGGAAAAAAAGAAAAAGAAGCUUUAGGCUGACUCAUAAGUGCGGCCCACAACAAACGUUUAGUAGAACUUUGAAUACAUAAAACACAUAAAACAUCAUCCCACUUUCCUCACCAGUCGUUUCUAUCCAUACCUAAUCUAUUCAUUGUGUCCCAAUUGCUCAGUCAUACAGUCAUACAGCUCUAUAGAAGCAAACAGCCCAAGAUGUCUAAGGGUCGUGUCUGCCUUGAUACCUCAACCAUCCUAGUAUGGCUCAUCAACGAGGGCUACACUGUCGUCUGCUUCUUAGCAGAUGUCGGUCAGGAAGAAGACUGGGCUGCCGUCGAGAAGAAGGCUCUGAGCUUGGGUGCAGAGCGCAUGAUCAUUGACAAUCUGCAAGAGGAAUUUGUUGAGAAGGUCAUCCACAGAGCAAUUCAGUGCAACGCCAUCUAUGAGGACCGAUAUCUCUUGGGUACCUCUCUGGCUCGCCCAAUCAUUGCAAAGGCCCAGGUCAAGGCAGCCAUCGAGAACAACUGCGAUUACGUUUCGCACGGAUGCACACGCAGCAACGAUCAAGUUCGUUUCGAGCUCGCCUUUGCGGCAUUAAGACCCUCUCUAAAGGUCAUUGCCCCCUGGCGACUGCCAGAAUUCUGCGCAAAAUUCCAGGGCCGUGCAGACCUGCUUCGCUACGCAGCUGAGAAGAACAUUCCUGUUAGCUCGACCCCUAAAGAGCCUUGGUCCAAAGAUGACAACUUAGUACACUGUUCGUACGAAGCUGGUAUCCUCGAAGAUCCCGACCAUACCCCUCCUAAGGAGUUAUGGACCCGAACUGUGGACCCUCUUGAUGCUCCCAAUGAGCCGACUGACUUCUCUAUUCACUUUGAAGCUGGUAUUCCGGUAAAGGUCGUCCUUGGAGGUCAGGAAACUACUGGCAGUGUGGCCGUGUUCAAGCUCCUGAACAAGAUUGGCCAUGACAACGGUGUAGGCCGAAUCGACAUUGUCGAGAACCGCUUCAUCGGACUCAAGAGCCGUGGAUGCUACGACACUCCUGGACUCACUAUUGCACGACUCGCACACCUUGACCUUGAAGGUUUAGUCCUCGACGGACGAGUUCGCGAGCUCCGUGACCAAUUCGUGACACAUUCGUGGAGCCGCCUGCUUUACAAUGGUCUCUACUUCAGCCCUGAGAGGGAGUUCCUUGACAACUCGAUUGUCUUUUCAUCCAAGAACACAACCGGUGUUGUGAGAUUGAGGGCAUACAAAGGAAAUGUAUACGUCCUUGGUCGCUCCAGCACUGCCAGUAACCUUUACUCCGAAGAGGCCGCUUCUAUGGACUCUCUAGAGGGCUUUUCGCCCCAAGACACGACUGGCUUCAUUGCUAUCCAAGCUAUCCGCCUGAAGAAGUACGGCGAGCAGCGCGAUAAGGAGGGCAACCCCCUAACUCACUCCUAAAUCACAUAGUAGGUUGCUUUAAUAGGUAAGCAGCAAGUGAUGUUGGCGUCCACUUCAAAAGAUACAAGCUACGAUUAGUAGCUAGUGUCUAUUAGUGCGCAUAUGUCAGGUAAUUAUCUACAUGCCUACAAGGUAGGUAGACAUUCCGUGGACUAAAAAUUAAUAAAUACCAUCCUCGAUGCCUUUUCA